AUGUCGAAACGAGUUAUUUGUUUUACGUCAAAAAAAGUUGCAAUGUCAACUUUAGAUCAAACUAUAACUUCGAUGCAUGAUGAUGGAGAGUUAAUAUUUCAUGAAGAUCAGAACAACAAAUCAAGACAGAGAAGCAACAUUUUAAUCAGCAUAGAUAAAAACAACACACUUGAGGACGAUGAGGAUUCUGAAGAUGAGGCAAUUUGUGUAGACGAAAUUGAGAUCCCAUCAGCUUGUGGUGAAAAUGCCGAUGUAGUUACGAAAGAAAUUAACGCAAGUGAUACAGUUUUACCAAAUUAUCUCAUGAAACAGAUUUGUGUUAUUCAAUCCUAUGUUGUCAUCGAAUCAAUUUAUGGAGGACUGUACAGUUUGUGUUUGAAUUGUCACUACUCCCAUGGACUAGAAGUACCUAUAGGAAAGCACAAAUUUGUGAACACAAACUAUCAAAGGAGAUUCUAUUGUUGUGAAAAAGACGAUCUAUGCUGUGCAAUAUGCAAAUCCAUACUUUUUUUUAAAUUCUUACACCGGUGUGCAUAA